UUACUUGAUCAACACUCACAAGAUGAACACCAACGUCCUUCUCCUCCCUCUCCUCUCCUGUUGUCUCUUGGUAGCUGCUGAUGUUACCAAGAUCCAGGUGGAGCGUAACGUCACCACUGAACUCAAGCUGAACAAUGGCAUAGCAUGGGGGGAGUGGGGGACAGUUGAGCUCUGUCCCUCAGGUAGCUACGCCCACGCCUUCGAGGUUAAGUUCCAGUCACCUGGGGGUACUGACGAGACAGCCCUUAACGCUGUCAAACUCUACUGUGCUACCGAGACGGAACAUGACGUUGAUUACGUGACCUCAGUAGUGGGCAUAGAAGGACAUUGGCAAGGUAUGCGUGUCUGCAGUGACGGUUUCCUGACGGGUAUGAGGGCAGAGGUGUUGGAGCCACAAGGUUUACUGCAUGACGACGUAGCGGUAGAAAACGUACAGGUGCAGUGUGAUUAUGACGACAAUGAAAUCCUAGAGGGCGUCGAAAACCUACCUAUGUUCACCCCGGGGAUAUACAGCGAGUGGGGUUACUGUGAUGCAGGCUCAGCCAUCUGUGGUCUCCAGGUGCGUUACGAGGCAGUGUCAAUUGGUGAUGACUCCGCUACAACAGAUCUGAUCAUGUUCUGUUCUGCCGUGUUAGGCCAGAGGGACAGGAUAGUGACCAAGUCCCUAGUCCUGGACAACGGCAUGGACUGGGGUAAAUGGGGCGAGGCUGAUUACUGUGACGAUGGCAGUUUUGCUUCCUUUAUGGAGGUUAAGUUGUACUGCGUCAAGCCUGACCUUCAUCCAACUAAUUACAUCAUCUCUACGGGAAGGCGUAACGGAGAGUGGAUGGGUAUGCGGUCGUGCAGUCGAGGCUUCCUGACGGGGUUGAGAGCGCAGGUGCUGGGUUACCAAGGUGUUGUGUUUGACGACGUGGCGGUCCAGGAUAUUCAGAUGGAGUGUAACUAUGGCGACGAAAUUAUUGAUGGCACCAAGACCUAUCACAAUUUUGGGAUCCCAAACGGUAACUGGGGUACCUGGGCCCGCUGUCCCAAUGGCUCUGCUAUCUGUGGCAUAGAGACGCGCCUUGAAGAUCCUAACUUGGUGACCGAUGACACAGCAGUUGACGACCUCUCCAUGUUCUGCUGCGCUCUCAACCCUACCGACUAACUCACACCCUUCUGCAGCAGUGUGAGCUUCUCUCUCCCUACUGUGACUCCUUCUGUCUACCUUCCCUACGCCUCCCACUACACACUACAGGAAAGAUACAGGUAUCAUUCACAAUAUUGUCUUUCUCUAAUGUUGCAAUGUUGCCUUGUGAGUUGCAAAUAGGAAAAGCGUAUGGGUCAGGUUGUCAUCAGGGAGAGAGGUUAGGGAAAGAUGGAAGGAAGGAAGGAAGGAAGGAAGGAUAGAGAGAGAGAGAGAGAGAGAGAAACGACUGGUUAUGCAAAAUGAAACCACCAAUAACAACCUUUUACUUCUGUUUAUUCUAACUUUUUUCUUAUAUACCAUUUAUAAAAUAAAUCUACAUCCAAAUAAAACAAA